UUCCCAAGAGGAAGAGGGCCGCCGCCACACGCGCUGCCGCGCAGAUUGCUAGCUCUGCUCUGGAGUGAAUCGAUGUUCUAGCCGCUAGAAUCGAUCGAUCGAGGUACAUUUGGCUGCAGGGGUUCUCUAGAUUGCGCGGAGGUAGGGUUCUAAAGCAAAGCAAGAUCGAUGAUGCAACGGAAGCCAUCGCCGUUUAGCAAGAGGAGGCGACUGGUCAUGGCGCUGAUGCCGCCGCCUCCCAGUCCCAGCGCGCUCAGCCUCGUCAAGGAGCUCUAUAAUCUCGCGCAAGAGGUCGGGUUCUACGAGCGGCCGAGGAUGAUCCAGCAGCGCAAUCAGUCCAACAUCGUGCGCCGGAUCAAGCUCCUCGGCCCUCUGUUCGAGGAGAUCAAGGACUGCCAUCCAACGCUGCCGCCCUCCGCGGUGUUGGCCUUCCGGGAGCUCCAUCUCACGAUCCAGAGGGCAAAAUUGCUCCUUGACGAGUGCAGGGAAGGAAGCCGGCUAUGGUUGCUCAUGCAAACACGAAGGGUGUCGGAGCAAUUCUACGAGCUCACGCAGGAGAUCGCGUCGGAGCUAUCCGGGCUCCCUCUUGAUCUCUUGGAGAUCUCCGUGGAGGUGAAGGAACAGGUGGAGCUGCUUAGAUUGCAGUCCAAGCGAUCGACGCCCAUCUACGAGGCGUCCGACGAGAAGAUGCGUGCCGAGGUGUUGGGCAUGCUGAGUGAAGUGGAGAGCAAGGAAACGCCCGACGAGGUCAGAGUGAGGAGCUUCUUCGAGAGCCUCCAGAUCGACACAUGCUCCGAGCUCCAAAGGGAGCUCUAUCUUUUGGAGGAGGAGAUGGAGAGCUUGUCCACGGGUGGCGACAUGGCAGCGCUCAUCAGCAUCAAGAACUUGAUCAGCUUUGGGCGUUACUGCAAGUGCGUGCUCUUCGGCGUGUGCAUAGAAGAGACUCUCGAAGUGGAGGCCACCACUGUGGAGGCCAGCAACGACGCAGCGGUACAAGCGACCGGAUCCGACGUCCCGGACGAAUUCAAAUGCCCGAUAAGCCUGGAGCUGAUGCAAGACCCGGUGAUCAUCUCGUCAGGCCAGACAUACGACCGCGUAUCUAUCCAGAGGUGGAUCGACUCGGGCCACUCGACGUGCCCGAAGAGCGGACAGAAGCUAGCGCACGUCAACGUGAUUCCGAAUCACGCGCUGAGGAGUCUGAUUCGGCAGUGGUGCGAGGAUCACAAAGUUCCAUACAACUCCCACGCCAGCGGCAACAAGCCAACGCUCUCGGUGGACAAUCUCGUGAGCACACGAGCUGCUCUGGAAGCUACAAAGCUCACGGCAGCUUUUCUGGUUGGCAAGCUUGCGUCAGGCCCGCCAGAGGUCCAAAAGCAAGUGGCAUACGAGCUCAGGCUGCUGGCCAAAUGUGGAACGGACAACCGGGUUUGCAUCGCCGAGGCAGGAGCGAUCCCGUUCUUGGUGCCGCUGCUUUCAUCGCGGGACGCGAAGACGCAGGAGAACGCCAUCACGGCCAUCCUCAACUUAUCCAUCUGCGACGCCAACAAGAAGCUCAUCGUCUCGGCCGGGGCAGUGGAUCCGAUCCUGGCGGUGCUCAAGUCGGGCAGCACGGUGGAGUCUCGAGAGAAUGCCGCGGCGACGCUGUUCAGCCUGUCCGUGGUGGACGAGUACAAGGUCCUGAUCGGCAGCAAGAGCGAAACGUUCACGUCUCUCAUCGCGCUGCUGCGAGAAGGGAGCAGCGCGCGGGGGAAGCGCGAUGCCGCGACCGCGCUCUUCAACUUGGCAGUGUACCACGGCAACAAAGGCAGGAUCAUCGCGGCUGGCGCGGUGCCUUUGCUGGUGGAGCUACUCACCGAGGACGCGGACAUCACCGACGACGCGCUGGCGGUGUUAGCUCUACUGGCCAGCUCCUCCGAGGGACUCCUGGCACUAAGUGGAACAGGGGCGAUUCCUCUGCUGGUGGGACUGCUGAGGAUGGGAUCGUCCAAAGGGAAGGAGAACUCCACCGCGGUUCUCCUGGCGCUGUGCCGGAGUGGCAGUGACACCAUCGUCAACCAGCUGCUCAAGAUCUCGGCCACCGUCCCGGCGCUCUACAAUCUCAUCACGGUUGGGACGCCGCGAGCUAAGAGGAAGGCGAGCUCGCUGCUGAGGAUCCUCCACAGGUCGGAGAGGAGCUUUAGCACCGCGCUGAGUGGCGUGACUACCGUCCAGUUGCGGCAUUGAGCGUUCGAUUUGCGGGAAGAAAAGUUUCGAGAAGAUAAGUUUCUAAGCUGUGGACACGGGGGAACAACAAAUUUGUACAUAGAUGAUUCUUUUCUCCCCACCAAAAGAAAGAGAUUCUUUGCUAUGGUCCCUCCAUAACGUCAAAGUUUUAUUUGUCUUCCAUGGUUGUGGUGGAUCAAUCCCAU